AGAGAAAGAAAAGGAAGGAAAAAAUACAUAAUUUCAGGGACGAGAGAGAGAAGAAAAACGGGGACUAUGGGGAGAAAAAAGAUUCAGAUUACAAGGAUUAUGGAUGAACGUAACAGACAGGUGACAUUUACAAAGAGGAAAUUUGGGUUGAUGAAGAAGGCUUACGAGUUGAGUGUGCUGUGUGACUGUGAGAUUGCACUGAUCAUCUUCAACAGCACCAACAAGCUGUUCCAGUAUGCCAGCACCGACAUGGACAAGGUGCUGCUGAAAUACACGGAGUACAACGAGCCGCAUGAGAGCCGGACAAACUCAGACAUUGUGGAGACGUUGAGAAAGAAGGGACUUAAUGGCUGUGACAGUCCAGACCCUGAUGCAGACGAUUCAGUAGGUCACAGCCCUGAGUCUGAGGACAAGUACAGGAAAAUUAACGAAGAUAUUGAUCUAAUGAUCAGCAGGCAAAGAUUGUGUGCUGUUCCACCUCCCAACUUUGAGAUGCCAGUCUCCAUCCCAGUGUCCAGUCACAACAGUUUGGUGUACAGCAACCCCGUCAGCUCACUGGGAAACCCCAACCUUUUGCCACUGGCCCACCCUUCUCUGCAAAGGAAUAGUAUGUCUCCAGGUGUAACACAUCGACCUCCAAGUGCAGGUAACACAGGUGGUCUGAUGAGUGGAGACCUCACAUCCGGUGCAGGCACCAGUGCAGGGAAUGGGUAUGGCAAUCCCCGAAACUCACCAGGUCUGCUGGUCUCACCUGGUAACUUGAACAAGAAUAUGCAAGCAAAGUCUCCCCCUCCCAUGAAUUUAGGGAUGAACAACCGUAAACCAGAUCUCCGAGUUCUUAUUCCACCAGGCAGCAAGAAUACGAUGCCAUCAGUGAAUCAAAGGAUAAAUAACUCCCAGUCUGCUCAGUCAUUGGCUACCCCAGUGGUUUCCGUAGCAACUCCUACUUUACCAGGGCAAGGAAUGGGAGGAUAUCCAUCAGCCAUUUCAACAACAUAUGGUACCGAGUACUCUCUGAGUAGUGCAGACCUGUCAUCUCUCUCGGGGUUUAACACCGCCAGCGCUCUUCACCUUGGUUCAGUAACUGGCUGGCAACAGCAACACCUACAUAACAUGCCACCGUCCGCCCUAAGUCAGUUGGGAGCUUGCACUAGCACUCAUUUAUCUCAGAGUUCAAAUCUCUCCCUGCCUUCUACUCAAAGCCUCAACAUCAAGUCAGAACCUGUUUCUCCUCCUAGAGACCGUACCACCACCCCUUCGAGAUACCCACAACACACGCGCCACGAGGCGGGGAGAUCUCCUGUUGACAGCUUGAGCAGCUGUAGCAGUUCCUAUGAUGGGAGCGACCGAGAGGAUCACCGGAACGAAUUCCACUCCCCCAUUGGACUCACCAGACCUUCGCCGGACGAAAGGGAAAGUCCCUCAGUCAAGCGCAUGCGACUCUCUGAAGGAUGGGCAACAUGAUCAGAUUAUUACUUAAUAGUUUUUUUUUUUUUCCUUGCAGUGUGUGUGUGUGCUAUACCUUAAUGGGGAAGGGGGGUCGAUAUGCAUUAUAUGUGCCGUGUGUGGA